AUGGGCGCGCGCAUUGGCGCUUGGGUCGAGGAGCAAGCAGGAGCUGGCAUCCACUACACUCGCAUGCCGUGGGGUGCCCUCGCCACCAACAUGUUCAACCUGACGCCCUCCAAUGCCGUGGCGUGCCGGCUGAAGCGGGUCUACGCGGAGUGGGCCGGCAAGAGCAAGGCUGGGCGCCUGACCCCAGCAGGGGCGGGCGCGGAGGACCGGCAGCAGAGGAGGCGGCGGUCGGACGACCCGCAGGAACGCAGCCAGCUCCAGCGCAUGUCCUCGUUGAUUGGGUUCGAGCUGCUCCAAUGGUUUGUUGACGAAAUCGAAUCCUUGACGUCGCGCGGUGACUCGUCGCUCAUGCUUGAGCACGCAGUGUGGCUCAGAAGCCAGCUGCUGCAGCAGGGCCAGCGAGAGGAGGACUUGCCCAAGAUCCACAAGGGAUGGCUGUACUUGUGGCGCAAGGAGCAUGGCAUCAGCAUCCGCCAGGGCACCACGCACUUCCAGGUCAGCUACGCGAAGGCGCUGGACCGCGUGAGGUGCAUGUUCGGGAACAUCUUUCGGCUGCGCCACCACUGGUCGCGGUGCCACCCAGGGACGGCGAUGCGAUGGUUCUCGGCAGACCAGAAGCCCAGUUGGAUGAACAACGCUGGCCGCAGACCGAUGUACGCCCGUAGAGGGUCUCGUCGAGUGGCCGCCAAGGAGAACCAUGCAGCCACCAGAGACAGGUACACUAUCCUGACGUGCGUGCAGUCUUGGCAGCCUCUGGACGGCGCGGUCCCGCCUGUGGCAGUGCUCUUCAAGGCUCAGAGCGGGGCACGCCUGCGGCAGGAGCUGCAGGUCCCGCCCUGGAUGCACUUGCAGUUUCAGGAGAAGGGCAGCUACCGAGCAGACGACGUGAUGGACGCCUUAGGCUUUGCUUUGCAGCCUGCUGCAAAGCCGGAGGAUUCAAUAGUCAUCCUGCUCGACUGGUACUCGGCCCACCUCACGGCAGAGGUGCAGCAGGCAAUCAGGGACAUGGGCCACGUGGUGUUGUACCAUGGCGGCGGCGUGACUGGGCUGGAGCAAAUCAAUGACACACAUUUCCACGCCCUGGUACAGCGCCUCAUGGAGCAGAUCGAGACUCGCGUGCUGCACAAGCAGCGGCAGGAGGACCCCUCCAAGAUCGCCAGCUUGUCCCGCCAGGACGUCAUCGACGCCGUCGCAGAGAUGUGGAUGUCCCUGGACCACCGGGGCCUCUCCGAGAAGGGGUACCGCCAGACCGGGCCGCUCCUGGGAGGCGAUGCUGUGCCUGAGGACGUCUUCGUCGACCUCCGGCCCUUCUGGGAGGCGCUGGGCGGGCCGGCACUCUGGCGCCACGCGCAGCAGACGGUGGAUGAGAUGUGGUCCGCUGGCACGCUGUCCUCGUGGGCCGACGUUGACCUGCUGAUAGAGCACCACAAGCCACACCCGUGCGCCGAGGAGGGGCUCGAGGGCGCGAACUGGGAGGUCGUCCCGGACGAGGAGGAGGAGGACGACGACGGCGGGGACGACCCUGGCGAAGGAGGCGGAGGUGCGGCGGCUGCUGCGGCGCCGUCGCCCAGCGGCGCGGCGCCGCCGAGCACUCCCGCGAACGCCUCGGCGGGGAGCGGCGCGGCGCCAUCAGGCGCGGCACCCGGUGGCGCCGCUGGCGGCUCGGCGCCGCUCGCCGCGCCUUGCCGCGCUGCCAGGGGCGCCCCAGCGCCUGGGGCCUCCGACGCGGACGACGACUGGCUGAACGAUGGCGGCUCGCUGACGGAGGGCGCCGGGCCUGGCGGCGGCGGCGCUUUGCCGGGAGAGGCCCCAGAGGCAGGCCCUGCCGGCCUGGCAGGAGACGGCGGCGCCCAGCUUGGCGGCGCCGAGAGGGACAGCGGCGGUGCAGAGCCGGGAGGAGCGCCCGAGGAAGGCCCCGGCGACUUGGCAGGAGACCACGGCGGCGUGUGCACCGAGGCCGCGUACCUGUCCGCCCUGAACCACGUGAUGGUCGUGGCGCAGCAGACGCGGAACGAUCGGUUCUUGAAGAGCUGCAGAGCCGAGCUCCAGCGGAGCCACAAGAAGAGGCGGACGUACGAUGCCCCAGAGGCGCAGCGGCUCCGGCGGGCCGCCAAGGAGGCGCAGCGGCUGCGCGAGGCGGACCGGCAGGCCGCGCGGGAGGCCGAGCGGGAGAGACAGGCGGCCGAGCGGCGCGAGGAGGUUCGCGUCGUGGACGCGAAACGGCAAGCCACCGAGGCCCGGAUGGCGGCUUUGGACAAGGCCGCCGCCGCACGGAGGGAGGCCAAUGAGCGGCUGGCUCUGGAGGCGACCCGUCGCGCGAAGGAGCGGUGGUUGCAGGUGGACUACCCCGUGAUGCUCGCCGAGCGCUUGGUGGCGUGGAGGCGCCGCCUGCCCCCCCCGGAGGCGACGGCGUUGCAGGACAGGGUUCGCAGGCUGGUGGGCUCCUCGCGGGUGGAGCGCACGAUCCGCGUGCCGGAGUUGUGGGUCGACGACAAGACGCUGACAGCUCCGCGCCUCGCGGCCUCCAUGGGCGCGCUGGUGGGUCCCCGCGGCGCCCGGACACGCGUGUUGUGCACGAGGGAGUUCGAGUGGACUCUCUUCGGCCAGGCCUGGGCGACGGAGGGCGGCCGGGGAGGAGCGGCGGACGCCGCCGCCGCCCUGCGCCGGCUCAUCAACCAGUGCGCCCCUGGCGGCGCGGACCUGUUCCGCAGACGGUGGCAGCCUCCCGCCCUGCUGGAGACGUGCGGCAUGGUGGCUCCGAAAGCGCUCGUGUACGCGAUCAUUUUGCUUAGCACGUGGCUUGGGCCAGAGGCGUACCCAGAGGGCGUGCACGAGUGGCCGCCUGCCAUCCCUGCCGCAGUCACUGCGGGGUAG